GUCGAUUUCAUAAAAAUCCGUUGGCUAUGAAACUCUAUGAAACUCUUCAGAGCAGGCUUUCCAAGCUACGACUGUCUCAAGCUUUCAGAAUGGCCCUGUACUUGGAUCCAAGACUGAAUUUUGUCAAUUCAGCUAUUUUCAACGGCAAAGAAAAGGAGCUUAUUCAGGGUUUCAUCACAGAAACUUGGAACCACAUAUGUCGACUCAAUAAUACUGACGAUAAUGCUGCCUCUUCAACUACUACGUCUUCAUCAUCUGAUGCCAUGGAUGCAAACGAUGGCUACAUCACCGAGCUUUUCGGGGGUUCAAUUGCUGCUGAAAUAGACACAAAUCAAUCAGCAUUCAAACUUCAGCUCAAAGCGCUGGAUAUCGAGCCUCGCCAGAAGCAUAACUUCGAUGUUUGGAAACAUUGGAUCAAAAGAAAGAGUUCGCAUCCUGAACUUUACGCAGUGGCCAAUGUUGUAUUUGCUACUCCUUCUAGUCAGGUAUCAGUGGAAAGGGCAUUUAGCGCACUCGCACUGGUGCUCUCUAACCAGAGAACAUGCUUGAAGGAAGAGACUCUGGCCAAUAUUAUGAUCAUCAAACUGAAUAAAGACGCCUUCGAUCAGAUACUGCCAAUACUAUAUAAAUGGAAGGAUGUCGCCACCUCAGUGGCAACUGAGCCAUUGUAG